AUUCUUUGGAUACUGGAGGGCAGAGUAUGGUAAGGAGGAAGCUUCAAGCGAUAUAUUGUCCUGAAAGGAGUACACUAUGUACUCCUGAGCUUCGGAUAAAGUCCAACCGCACUCCUAAGUUGAAAGAGAGCAAACAACCCAAGGGUCGAGCAAUAGGAUCCUUGACUCGUGAUCCUUCAGCGUUUGAACUUACAGACAAGAAGAUUAAAGAGGAAAAGAAGUCUUCACAACCAGCAAAGAGGAAGAAGCGUGUGAAGAAGUCUGAUACAAGCCAUUUCAUGUGUAACUUUCCAGCCUUUCUCCAUCCAUAUAUUGGCACAAUUACAGAUGUUGAGGAUGAUGGUAACUGUGGCUAUAGAUCCAUUGCUGCAUUAAUGGGGCAUUCCGCCGGUCAGGACGGUUGGCCUUGGGUUAGGGCUACAUUGAUACAAGAACUUGAGACCAAUGUGGUAAUGUAUAAUAGGAUGUGGGGCACAGAUGUUGUUUAUGGCUUACAUAAUCGUCUCACUCUUCCUAUUGGUGACCCGGCCACCCCUGACAAAUGGUUUCAACUGCCAGAGAUGGGAUACCUUGUUGCCACAAAGUACCAAUUGGUUCUCGUAUCCUUAUCCUCUAUGGGUUGUAACACAUACUUUCCACUAAUAGGAGCCGGCCCACGAGAUGAGCAUUCUGUUAUAGCUAUUGGACAUGUGAUAAAUCACUGGGUACAGGUAUAUUUUGACCAAAUACACUAAUAUUUUAGUUGCCUACUAGCUUGUCGAUUAAUUUUUGUAUGUGGAAGUUAUCUAAUUUUAUGGUUAUUCUCUAAAAUGCAGCUCCAAUUAACUCCUGGACAUCCUAUGCCGACUAUUGCUCCCCAGUGGGAAUGGCACAGUGAUCUUGCCUCCAAAUACUGGCGCAACCUAUAUGGUCCACGUUUAGGCAUGUAUGAUGCACAAUUCCAAGCUUGGCUUGGUGCUUUUAGUGGUCAUGCGGACUAUGUGGACAUCACCACAGAUUGAAUGUUCUUGUAUUGUGUAAUAUUAAUUUGUAAACUCUCUGUAAUUUGGUAGAAUGUGGCCCUUAUCACAGGUUGUUGUUAAUGAUGAAAAUCUAGACAUCAUCGUAGAUUGGCAGGUUCAUGCGUGUACUUUUGGUAAUGUUAAUUUGAUGCACUUUUGGUAAUGUUAAUUUGAUGCACUUUUGGUAAUGUUAAUUUGAUGUACUUUUGGUAAUGUUAAUUUGAUGUACUCUUGUCAUUUUCAUUUUCAUUACCCUCCACCACCAACCCUGACAUUACUCUCAACCACCAGCCCCAACCACUCUUCUACCAUCCACCAGUACACCUUAAAUGUUUUGACCGCACGCCUGAGCUAUAAAUAUCUGUUGUGUCUUGCCUCUUCUUCUUACUCUUCAUUCCUCAUCUUCCUGUCUAUUGUGUCUUGCCUCUUCUUAUUACUCCUCUUUCUACACGAUGGAACAAGACCCAAAUCCAUUCCUCCGCCAUUGCAAAGGUCAAAGCAACAACUCUGGCAGCUCUCGUCCUCUCAUUCCUGGCCCGGCUGGCGCCAUCCAGGCUGCCAUGUAUGCCCGUAGAUCCACCCCUAACACACCACUCAUUCCGACCUAGGAAAUCGUGAGGCGUGUGCUAGAUCAUGGAUCAACCGAAACCGAUCCUGAUUUCAACUCACAUGCUUGGCUAUCAGCCCUGCAAGAGUGGGGAAUAGCCACUCCGCUGGGCUCUCUGACAGCGAACGUUGAGAGGGUGGAGAAUGUUGUUGCUGUUAUCAAAUCUUGCACUCCCAAUGGGUUUGGAGAUGCGAAAGUUACCCUCAAGGACCCCACGGGUGCUGUUGAUGCUAGCAUCCACCGCAAGGCAUUUACUCACAGUGAAUUUGCGAAUGACAUAACUGUUGGAUCUGUUCUCGUUCUCCAAAAGGUCUGA